AUGUCAAGAUUACUAUUCUCAAAAUUUCUUAAAGAAUCAAUAACAAAGCUUAGUAAAGAUCUCUCUAAAUAUGUGAAAUAUCUCUUUUACAAAUAUGCAUUAACAGCUCAAAAUCAAGAAUUCAGUCAACUCAUAGUUAAUGAACUUGACAAUAGCCA